AUGGCCGACGUCGACAUGACUGAUGCACCCCCUGUGGGCAAGAAGAAGGGUUCUGAAAUCGAAGCAAAGAAGCGGUUUGAGGUCAAGAAGUGGAACGCUGUCGCCCUCUGGGCGUGGGACAUUGUCGUCGACAACUGUGCCAUCUGCCGCAACCAUAUUAUGGAUCUUUGCAUCGAGUGUCAAGCAAACCAGGCUUCCGCUACCAGCGAGGAGUGCACAGUCGCUUGGGGCAUCUGCAACCACGCUUUCCACUUCCACUGCAUCUCUCGAUGGCUCAAGACCCGUCAGGUGUGUCCUCUGGACAACAGGGACUGGGAGUUCCAGAAGUAUGGUCGUUGA